AUGGCAUUUGCGAUCGUUCAGACGGGGGCUCUUGGCCCCCUAUUCCUAGUUUAUGCCGUUGCACUUGGGCUGCUUGGAAAUGUUUUAUGGACGGUUGUGUAUAAUCUGUUCCUAAGUCCUCUUUCCAAAUUUCCCGGCCCCAAACUUGCAGCGAUCUCUCAUAUCCCGUUUCUUUACUGGGGUUACACAGGCAACAAUCACAAAAAAAUGAAAGAAUUUCAUGAUAAGUAUGGAGAUGUAGUGCGGAUGGCACCGUCAACUUUGGUCUAUCGAAGCCCACAAGCCUGGAAGGAUAUCUACGGCCAUCGCAAGUCGUUAGAUGGCCCCUUUGAGAAAGACCCUAGAUUCUCCGUCAAAGGACCCUACGGAGCCAGUAUGUUCAGUGCUGAUGAUGAAGGCCACUCGAGGACAAGAAAGUUGAUGUCUCAUGCCUUCUCGGAAAAAGCACUGCGGGACCAAGAGGAUCUCAUCCAGUCAUACGUCGAUUUGCUGGUGAAUCGCCUGGAAGGAGAGACGUUCAAAUCGCAGGAGCCUACCGACAUGGUUCGAUGGUAUAACUUCACCACGUUCGAUAUUAUUGGCGACCUGACGUUCGGUGAACCUUUCAAUUGCCUACAGAACAACGUGUAUCACCAAUGGGUAUCAAUGACGUUUCAAGCCGCCAAGGGCAUGGUCUUCAUACGUCCCAUUAUGAUUUACCCUUUGCUGGCACCCAUCGUGAGAAAGUUACUUCCUAAACAAGUGAUGAAAAAUCGAUUAGAGCAUUACCGUAUGACGGAAGAAAAGGUCCUACAGCGCAUUAAAACUAAAACAGAAAGACCCGACUUUUUCACUUUUAUCAUGCGGCAUUCCGAUGAUCGGGCCAUUUCAGUACAGCAGAUGAAAGCGAAUGCUGCUCUUUUGAUUCUUGCUGGGAGCGAGACAGCUGCUAGUGUGCUUUCUGGUUUCACUUACUAUCUUCUUCAGAAUGAAGCUGCGCACCAAAAGCUUCUGAAAGAGCUCAGGGAAACGUUCAAGUUUUAUGACGAAAUCAAUUUUAAAUGUGUCAGUGGAUUAAAAUACCUGAAUGCAGCGCUUGAGGAGGCCCUUCGCAUGUUUCCACCAUUAACUGAAACCCUUCCGCGUGUUGUACCAAAAGGAGGAGCAAUGAUUGAUGGAGAAUAUGUUCCAGAAGGAGUAAGUGUUGGUGGAGCUCAUUAUUCUACAUAUCGAGCCGAGUCUCUUUUUACCGAUGCCGAAUCCUUUAUUCCAGAAAGAUGGCUGGACAAUAGAGAUGAGCGCUUCGAGUCAGACAACCGCGCAGCUCUCACGGUGUGGUCGCUUGGUCCCCGAAAUUGCCUCGGCAAAAAUCUUGCGUAUGCGGAGAUGAGGCUUAUUAUAGCUAAAGUCUUUUGGAGCUUCGACAUGAAAUUGGACGGCCGUGCAGCUGGGUGGGAUAACCUGAAAUCCUAUAAUCAAUGGGAAAAGACGCCGCUCCCGAUUCAUCUGUCGAAAGCCCAGCACUAG